CUGCAUCUCCGAUUGUCAAAUAGACAUGCCAAACUCCCAGACGUCAAAUAGCCAGCCCCAGGUAUCUGAAAAGGAUGUCGAUACCGGCUUCCGAAAAGGAGAUGAUACCUUUACGCAUUGGCGCAACGUCUUCAACAUCCUCACUGGCAGGAUGACGGACGAAGGAAUAGAACAGUUUCGCGUUGCGCGAGAUCUUAGAAAUGAAGCAGCAGACUGCAAGCGCUGUGAGGAUCAAAGGGAUUAUUUAUUACAAUGGAGCCCGAUCAUCCGGUAUAUGAGCGACAGUAUCCGACAGCUGGGGGGCGACUUGUCAAGCCAUAACAUAUAUUGCCGCCGAUGUACAAAUCGGAAAGCAGGCGGUUUUGAUCCUGAAUACGGGAUCCUCAUCUGCGCAAACGAGAUGAAAGAUCAAGGACACUUGGAGGAUACAAUGGCUCAUGAAAUGGUCCACGCCUAUGACCACCUAAGGUUCAAAGUUGAUUGGACAAACAACCUUAGGCAUGCAGCUUGCACAGAGAUUCGAGCCAGUUCACUCAGUGGAGAAUGUCGAUGGGCUCGAGAGUUCUUCCGACGCGGUCAGUGGAAGCUUACACAGCAACACCAAGAGUGUGUUCGACGAAGGGCUGUUCUGUCAGUAAUGGCAAGGCCGGGAUGUCAGGAUAAAGGCCAUGCCGAGAAGGUUGUGAAUGAAGUCUGGGAUAGCUGCUUUAGGGACACUCGACCGUUCGACGAAAUCUUCCGGUAG